AUGACCUGGGAGGAAGUUAGAGAGAGAAAGCUAAGCGAGCAGCAGCGGCUGCUCGCCCCAUACCAGAUCGCCAAUCUGCCGUUGCCGGAGCAAGUCAACGACGUGACAGAGUACAUCGACACUUUAUUUACAGACGAGGAGAACAGGAUUGCGAGUCUGACUAUUGAGCAGCUGCAGAAGGAAUAUCUUGCUCACUCCCUAACAGCCCACCAGGUGGCAUCUCUGUACUGUCGUCGGGCGGCCGUUGGCCACGGACUUGCCAACUUUAUCACGGAGGUGAGGUUUGAGGAGGCCUUGAAGGAGGCAGCCGAGCAGGACAAUUUCCUCGAGCAGAAAAAUGAACUGGUUGGUCCCUUCCACGGGAUCGUUGUUUCUCUCAAAGACAACAUUAACGUAAAGGGCCUUGCUACGUCGAUGGGGUUUGUGGGUCUGGCCGAGGAAGUGGCGGCCGAGGAUUCCGCUAUUGUGAAACUGCUAAGACGGCUGGGUGCAAUCAUUAUCUGCAAAACCAACACGUCCUCCGGAAUGAUGUACUCUGAGACGGUGAACACUUUGUGGGGCCGGACCUUGAACCCCCACAACCGCCAGUUUCUCAACAACGGCGGCUCCUCCGGUGGCGAAGCUGCCAUAGGGGCUCUCAGAGGCUCUUCCUUUGGUAUUGGGUCGGAUAUCGGAGGCUCCGUAAGACAUCCUGCCGCAUUGAACGGCAUCUACUCGGUCAAGCCGUCGUUUGGAAGGAUACCGACCUACGGCACGGCGUCCGGCCAGCCGGGACAGGAGUCCAUCAAGUCUAUUUACGGCGUGAUGUCGUACUACCUGGAAAACGUGGAGUACGUUCUAAAAACCAUCAUUGACUCGAAGCCGCACCUGGACAUUGAUGCAGGCUGCUUACCCCUUGAAUACCGCACCGUUGCGUUGCCACAAAGGCUGAAGAUCGCCAUUCUCGAUAACGAUGGCACGUCGACGGCCACGGCGCCGCUCGUGAAUGCUCUGUCCAAGGUCCGCAGCGCCUUGGAGGCUGCAGGACACGAAGUGGUUGAGUGGCCAAACCAUUACCUGACUGAGAUAAAAGAUGCUAUUUAUCCCUUCUUUGGCGCAAACGGCUACCGCAGCAUCCUGGAAUUAAUUGAAAAAUCCGGCGAGCCAGUGGACCCGCUGCUGUCGAAAUGGUUUCCGACGGCACGCGACAUGCCUGUGUCUGAGCUGUGGGAGUUGCAACGUAAGCGGACCGCUCUUACCCAAAAAUACAUGGAGCUGUGGAACAAACACGGCCUGGACGCCAUCAUCACGCCAGCGUCGCCGUUCCCGGCAUGUUUGAAGAACGGCGUGGUCACGCUCCCGUUCACAGCCAUCUGGAACGGGCUUGACUACUCGGGUACUACUCUCCCGGUCGGAAAGUGCAAUGUUACCAAGGACACGCCGUAUCCGAAGACAGAGUUCAUCUCGGAGGUCGACAGACACGUCCACGAGACCUAUGCUGCCAACCUGGCCAAGUUUGACGGAGCUGCUGUGUCGCUGCAGGUGAUUUGCCGCCGGCUCGAGGACGAAAAGGUGAUGGAAAUUACUAAGUAUCUAGCGUCUCUGCUUUAG